CUGUUGAUUCCCUCAGAUAAGAACUAUGGCAGCGGCAGGUUGGGUCUGCUUGGUGACUGUUCUGCUGUCUCUGUCAUUUGUUGUGCCGCGUGACCACCGUGGGGAGAUAGAUACCUUCCAUGUGAGUGCUGGCCAUUUCUUUUUGCUGAAUUGCUACACAGCAGAGGCUCAUGACGUCGUGAUCUGGAGCAGAGGGGAGAGUAAAGACAAUCUGAGCCUGCCCACUGGAGUGGAAGUGAGGGACAGGUUACUUUGGUUUCUACCUGUCCAGAUGUCCCACAAUGGAUCUUACACCUGUCAGAUAAGGAAUCAGUCCGGAGUAUUAUUACGGAGGCUAAAGUUUUGGGUGUCAGUGUCUAGUGGAGAGUGUCCUUAUACCGUUGAGAGCAUUUCCAUCACAAAAGGAGUGAGCGACAGUCUUCCUUGUAAACAGAAAGAAAUCUUCGGACUGAAUAGCGUGGUGAACGUACGAUGGAUGAAGGAUUGCCAGCUCAUUCAGCGGCAAGGGAAACUCAUCUCUGUUGAUAUGAAAGGCAACAUGAGGCUUCCUCAAGCCUCAGAGGAGGACAAUGGGAAAUAUACCUGCCUGAUAGACAUUAACUUGGAUGGCAGGAAUUAUACCGCUUCACGCAGCAUCCUGUUGACUGUUAAAGACGACCUCCCAGAAAAAGUUUUUGUAGAGCCACAGCUGGUGACCCCUGACCAGCAAGUGAUUACAGUUGAACUAGGUUUGAGAGUGGAGCUGCAGUGUUUAGCAUUCAUAGGCUACAGUGAGGAUAACGAGUCUUCACUGCACUGGACUGUUGGUAAGGAUUACGCUGAGGACCUCGAGGAGAUUAGUGUGUCCCGGAAAACUAUUCAUAGAGAAGGCAAAGUAUACGAACUGGUCAUUCUGUCCAUCGCUGAAGUUCAUCGCAAGUUCCUGAAUUUUGAGUUCCAGUGCCAUUUAGAAAGCCUAGCGGGAGAACAAAUCAGUGUGGUGAAGCUUAAAGAAGCUGACCGCAGUUCUUUCCACAUGAGUUGGGCUGUUUGCCUUUCUGCAUCUCUGGCUGUUCUAGCCUUGGCUGCGUGCUUCUUCUUCUUUAAAGUAAACCUGAUAUUGGCUUACAGGGAUCUGUUGGCACAUUUUCCCAAACAACAAGUUCCAGAUGGGAAGCUCUAUGAUGCCUACGUGAGUUUCAUCCAUUCCAAUGCCAUGAGUUCAGAUGAGGGCGCGAGGUUUGCCAUGCAGAUUCUGCCUGAGAAGCUGGAGGAACAAUAUGGCUACUCUCUGUUUAUCAGAGGACGGGAUGACUGUCCUGGCGAAGCAAUACACGAUGCAACAGCUGCUGCGAUGCACCAGUGCCGCAGACUGCUUAUCAUCUUAUCACCUGAGGGGAAAAUGGAGGAAAGCACUUGCAUAUGUGACAAUCAAAGCCAAGUGUGGUAUGAGCAGAAAGUUGGCCUUCAUGAUGCUUUGACGAAGAAUGAUCCCAGAGUUAUUCUGGUGGAAAUUGAUGGUCCAGUGGAUUACAGUCACUUGCCAGAGUCUCUGCGUUAUAUCAAGAGGAAACAAGGAGCCCUGAAAUGGAAGAAAGAUUUUCUUGCGACACACAAAUUCACAGAAUUAUACUCAAAGAGAAACUUUUGGAUAAAUCUCAGGUACCACCUGCCCCCAGUACCUACAAGAAGGCUCCAAACUAUUGUCUAAACAAUAUCUUAAAGUUUUAUUGAUGGGAUUCAUCCAUCAGGCCUGUUUCUUGGAACACUUGACACAUGGAAACUUUACGUGUUUACAGCUGUCGUCACCUGUAUUUUUAACUCACUAGGACUACAAUAAGCAAGCCCACACAUUCCUCUGCACAAUGAAUUUCCCAACAUGUGCAACAAGGAUGGAGGCAUCUGCUGGACUUUUCUAUU